AUGGACGAAACUGUUCCUUACAUCAGCCACUAUUUGUAUUCAUCAUCAGUUUCUAUAAGGAAAGAUACCUAUCUUUCACUCACUCUUUAUCUCUCUCUCUCUCUCUCACUUGCUCUCUCUUUCUCUCUCACUCGCUUUGUCUCUCCCACUUGCUUUAUCUCAUCUCUCUCAUUCACUCACUUUCUCUCUCAUUCAUUCCCUCACGUCAUCUCUCCCUCACGUCCUCUCUCCCUCGCGUCCUCUCUCCCUCGCGUCCUCUCUCCCUCGCGUCCUCUCUCCCUCGCGUCCUCUCUCCCUCGCGUCCUCUCUCCCUCGCGUCCUCUCUCCCUCGCGUCCUCUCUCUCACUCAUUCACUCGCGUUCUCUCUCUCACUCAUUCACUCGCGUUCUCUCUCUCACUCAUUCACUCGCGGUCUCUCUCUCACUCAUUCACUCGCGUUCUCUCUCUCACUCAUUCCUCGCGUUCUCUCUCUCCUCAUUCCUCUCAUUCCUCACUCAUUCACUCGCGUUCUCUCUCUCACUCAUUCACUCGCGUUCUCUCUCUCACUCAUUCACUCGCGUUCUCUCUCUCACUCAUUCACUCGCGUUCUCUCUCUCACUCAUUCACUCGCGUUCUCUCUCUCACUCAUUCACUGGCGUUCUCUCUCACUCAUUCACUCGCGUUCUCUCUCACUCAUUCCUCGUUCUCUCUCUCACUCAUUCACUCGCGUUCUCUCACUCACUCUAUUUAUAUCUCUCUCUUUCACCUCUCUCUCUAUUUUUUUUCUCUCUCACUCGCCUCUAUUUUUCUCUCUCACUGUAG